AAGUACACAGGGACGCCGCCAUUUUACCUCGCUUUCGUCUUUUCGUUUAGGUUACUUACGUGCAAGUGGUUUUCCAUCAUGACGACCGACGACGCGAAAAAAGUUAAAUCCGGCGAGGCCAAACCCAAACCUGACGGUAAGACGUCCAAAAGGAGGCGAGCGAGGAAACCCAAGAAGGCUUUAAAAGGAGCGAAGGAUGCACCGAAGCAAAUCAAACUGCUCCAGAAGAAGAAGGCUGUAAAAGCUAUCACCAAGAAGACACCCAAAAAGGCACCUAAAAAGAAGAAGGAAAAGAAACCAAAAGCCCCAGGACAGCGUAAAGUUGUCAAGAAAGCAGUCGCUAUCAAAUGUGUGCAAGUUUUUGGACGUAAGAAAACUGCAACAGCUGUUGCAUACUGUAAGAGAGGGAAGGGAAAUCUCCGUGUCAAUGGAAGGCCCUUGGACAUGAUUGAACCUAAAGUUUUACAAUACAAAUUGCAAGAACCAAUUCUAUUAUUAGGAAAGGAAAAGUUCUCUAAUGUUGACAUGCGAGUUCGUGUAAAUGGUGGUGGUCAUGUGUCACAAAUUUACGCCAUCAGACAAGCUAUCUCAAAAGCUUUAGUAGCCUACUAUCAGAAAUUUGUUGACGAAGCCUCAAAGAAGGAAAUCAAAGACGUCCUGAUCCAAUACGACCGUACGCUGAUGGUUGCUGAUCCUCGUCGGUGCGAGCCCAAGAAAUUCGGUGGUCCAGGUGCCCGAGCCCGCUACCAAAAGUCUUACCGUUAAGAUUUGUAUUUUCAUUGUACAUCGUUUUUUUUUUUUAUUUUAAUACACUGGAUUGAUUUUUCCAAGAA